AUGGCUGUUCCACAUUCUAUUGAAAGUCGUACUGUUCCACUUAAUGAUAGCUGGCUACCCGGAAUUAAUACUCUAAUGUCGAUAAAUUCUUCAUCGAUUCAACUCAUGUGGCGUCCAUCAUCUUCACUUCAAGGCAUUGAUAUUAAUCAACUUUCCGGUAAUUUUACUGUCAGUCUCUAUGUCGGUACUCGAAACAACGUGUCCAAUAAAGCUGUAGUUUACGAUGUUAGUAAACUGAAUACAUCAGAUUCGAUCACCAUCACUGGACUCGCACCCGAUACAGUGUAUCAUACAUGUUUUGAUAGUAAAUGGUACGAUCAAAACUCUACCGCUGAAGAUAAUGCACUUCGUGCUUUUCCACCACCGAAAUGUCGACUGCUGCGAACAUAUGCUACUGGUGAGUCAAACCAAAAGUACCAAAAAAUAUGUAAAAUAUUACAUUUUUAA